UCCUUCACUUUCUGACGCUCCCGCCUCAACAAAGCCAUGCAGGUGAACACUAGGAGAACACCUGAGUCCCGGACAAAGCUUUGUGGUUCCCAACCUGAGAGUUCAUCUAAAAUGGAAGAGGUCUCUAAUCCUCCGUCACCUUCAGCUGCAGAGGCUCAGUAUGACCAGGAACUGAUGCCAGACCAGAAUCCAAAGAGUCUUGGAGAUGAUCAUGAUAUUUCUGACAAAGUGCUUGAAGAGCUGGAACCAGAGGUCCAGACAGAAGACAAGUUUCCAACACAGACUUAUGAAGAAAACUCAUCAGGACAUUCAGAGUUCAGUCCAGCUGCAGAGGAGCAGAUCCAGGACUGCAUGGACCAAGUGUCUUUUCACCGCCAAUCAGCCUCCGAUGUGUAUCAGAACCGAUCAGGACCCGACCUGACGUCUGAUCCGACCAAUCAGGAUGAAGCCGGGGAGUCAGGUGGCAGUGUGGCGGUGCUGGUGGUCACUGAGGCAGAUCAGGCUCGUCAGUCAGCAGCAGUGCGGCCUCCGGACCUGGUGAUCCCUGCAGCCAUUAGCGUGAGCAAUCUGACCGCCGGUGGCGAUGGAGGAGACCCAAACUUCUGUGACCUCCCGUCUCCAAGGAGCGACUCCUGCUCCGUGACCAGCGAGCUGAACAUCUCCAGGAGGAGUGAAGAGGACGAUACGAGGAGCGUCACCGCUUCGUCUGUCAUGUGUAAAUGUUUGCUGAGCAUCAUUUAGCCACCAGCUUCCAAACAAACUGCCCCCAAACCGUUCCCAUGAUGAUUCCCCGUAAUCACCGGCGUCUGGGACGCAGAGCCGGCUGCUCAUUGGCUGGACGGCCUCCCACUGCUGUCAGACUGGAACCACAGGGUAACUGGGGAUGAGCGGAGGUCGGCUCUGGAACCUGCUGCGGUUUAGUCAGAGAGCCGACUGCAAAAACAAAGUAUUACCAACUAUUUUCACAAAGCUUUUACUUCAAUGUUCCUUAGUUUUGUCUUAUUUCAACUAUACUACUUUACUUUCAGCAAGAAUAGGAGUGUUUUAAGUGAAUAAUUCAUUAAUUCUGAUAAAUAAUCUACCAGUGGUGCAAGGUUUUUACUUAAUACAAGCCUCUAUGUCUUACUGAAAAGGCACUUGUAAGUUAGUUUUGUUUAAACUGUACUAAGAUAUUUGUACAGAAAUACUUGAAACCAAAGAGAGAUUCUUACCUUCACAAAUAUAUUUUGAUGUCAUUUAGCUGUGUAAAAUCAGUCUCAGUGUUUUUGUAAAUGUGCGGCAGCAGCAAGCGUUUGGCCCGGAGCCGCGCUGCGCUGUCGGGUUGAAGGACGGCCUCCCUCUGAGCUGCUCAGCCGCUCUAAUUAACACGGAGGUAUCAGGUAAACAGUGCCGCCGGCCCCACAGGCCGCUAAUGACAUCCUGACCCUUCCACGGCCCGAGGCCCCUGCCGGGACGAAAGGGCAACCAGGACGAGUUUGUCUUUUCUACACUGUCCUUCGCAGAGAAAGAAAUCUGCUGCUGCAAAAACACAAACGUGUCUUAAUUCACAACUUGCUUCCUUUGAAUGUUGUGAAUGAGGAUGUAAUCUGUGUGUUUGUGUGUGUGUGUGUGCUGACUAUGCUUGCAAGUUUCCUCAUCAUUGAGGAAAUUACAUCACACUAAUGGAGCAUGCUAAUGCUAAUGUUGAACAACAUGUCCAUUACAUUUUUGCGUAACCUUAUUCUUAGAUAAUGAGAUUUUAGUCUGUUCUGUUCCGACUAUUUUGAACUGUUUUAGGGCGUCUUGUCACUUCAAAUCAAAAUCCCCUGCUGCUGGCCACGCCCCCCUACUCAAUGUUUACACUGGCGUGUGAAAAUGGCUGCAAACAGAUGUGCAUUGAAAAGCAGAAGUAGAGAAGUGGGUUCUGGUUCUGGAUGGUAAGACAAAACCAGCAUUGGAACUCUGCUGGGGUUGCUAGGUGACGGGCAGAACUCUGCUGGGGUUGCUAGGUGACGGGCAGAACUCUGCUGGGGUUGCUAGGUGACGGGCAGAACUCUGCUGGGGUUGCUAGGUGACGGGCAGAACUCUGCUGGGGUUGCUAGGUGACGGGUUGAGCUCGGCAGAGGUCACUAGUUCAGGGGCAGUUCCUGCUGAUGUGUGACUUUACAUUCUGAAGGUUUUUGGAAUGACGCACCAAAAGCAUAAAGUGGUUGCCUAAAAAUGGCUGCGUCGGUUUUUUUAGGCGUUUGGUCUGUUUUUAGAAGCAGUAGAAGCCCCAAAUGGAAAUAUAAAAACUUGUAAAAUGUGAAUUUUCCAUCAUACGUUGCCUUUUUAAAUUUGCUCUCUGAACUGGAGCCUCAACAUCUCUGGGCUUCAUCCUCCCGUUGAGCUGAAGAAGUUCUUGUGUGCCAGUCUCUGUUCCACAGGGUUCAGCUGGAUCCACUGGAGAAGGACUGGCUGAGGAGCUCAGCCGUGGGAAACAUGGCCGCUCAGCGCCUGCUGCUCGCUCAGGACCC